AUGUCAUCAUUAGAAACAUCCAACCCUCCCCUGACGCUGCUGCGCGUCAGCGGCACAAAGAUUGUCGACGAGAAUGGCACCGAGGUCCUGCUCAAGGGCGCCGGCAUCGGCGGCAUGCUCAACAUGGAGAACUUCAUCACGGGCUACGCCGGGCACGAGCACGAGCACCGGGCCGCGCUGGCCGAGGUGCUCGGCCAGGAGAAGGCCGACUUCUUCUUCUCGCGCCUCAUCCACCACUACUUCACCGACGCCGACGCCGCGCUGUACGCGUCGCUGGGGCUCAACUGCCUGCGCGUGCCCUUCAACUACCGCCACUUCAUGGACGACGACAACCCGUCCGUCAUCAAGGACGCGGGCUUCGCGCUGCUCGACCGCAUCGUCGACAUCUGCGCCCGCCACAACAUCUACGUCAUCCUCGACCUGCACGCCGUGCCGGGAGGGCAGAACCAGGACUGGCACAGCGACUCGGGCAUCAGCCGCGCGCUCUUCUGGGAGUUCCGCGACUUCCAGGACCGCGCCAUCCAGCUGUGGGAGGCGCUCGCGCGGCACUACGCCGGCAACAAGGUCAUCGCCGGCUACAACCCGCUCAACGAGCCGGCCGACCCCGUCCACACGCGGCUCAUCGCCUGGUACGAGCGGGCCGAGAAGGCGAUCCGCGCCAUCGACCCGGACCACAUCCUCUUCCUCGACGGCAACACGUACGCCAUGGACUUCUCGGCCUUCUCGCCCGACAAGACGCUGCCCAACAGCGUGUACAGCUGCCACGACUACAGCCUGAUGGGGUUCCCGCUGCCGGAGCAGUACGAGGGCACCGAGGAGCAGAAGCAGAAGCUGCGGCAGAGCCUCCUGCGCAAGGUCGAGUUCAUGCAGAAGGCCGGCGUGCCCAUCUGGAACGGCGAGUGGGGCCCCGUGUACCAGGACCCGCGGACGGACCCGGACGCGGCGGCGACCAACGAGAAGCGGUUCGCGCUGCUCAAGGAGCAGCUGGCCAUCUACCGCGAGUUCGGCGGCAUCUCGUGGAGCAUCUGGCUGUACAAGGACAUUGGGUACCAGGGCAUGGUCUACGUCGACCCGGAGAGCCCCUACAUGCGGCUGAUCCGGCCCUUCGUCGAGAAGAAGCAGCGCAACGGCCUCGACUUCUGGGGCUGCGUCGACAAGAGCGCCGUCGACGGCGCGGCGUACGCGCCCUUCAUCGCGCGCCUCAAGGAGCAGGUGCCGGAGCACCUGCAGAAGAAGAAGUACCCCAAGACGUGGACGUUCGACCGGCAGGUCGAGCGCGUGGUGCGCGAGUGCCUGAUGAGCGAGUACGCCGGCUGGGAGUUCGCCGAGCUGUUCCGCGGCAAGACGGAGGAGGAGCUCGAGGCGCUGGCGGCGAGCUUCGCGCUGGAGAACUGCCGGACGCGCGACCAGCUGAACGAGUACCUGCGCGAGGACGCCGUCAAGGGGAACGGGGUUUGA